AUGGCAAGAAAAAAGAGAUCUCAGGAAGCUAUCUUGGAAAGAACUAACAAAAAAAGAAGACAAGAAGAUGCUUUGUUGGAAAGUGGUACUUUUGAAGAUGCAGGAGAAUUAUCUGAUUCCAUGAUCUACGAGUCUACUGUGGCUAUACCGAAGAAGGCAUGGGAUGAUGAAGAACAAGACUAUGAGCUAGUUCCAAGGAAAAUUAAGGACGUUGAAGAAGACAUGGUUGAAGGGCUUCCUAUCAAAAUUAAUGGGAAAGUUGAAAGGAACCUAGUUAAACAAACAAAGAAAAAGGAUAUACACCAGCAGAAGGAAACGAACCUAGAAAUAAAUGAACAACCUGACGCAGAGCUGGAUGAAUCGCAAUCAAGUGAUGAAGAGGAAGAUACAGAAGAGAGAAUCAUUGAAUUAAAGGAGGAUAUAGCGGAUCUUGUUGAAAAGAUCAUGGAAGAUCCUGAAGAAAAUACAAUGGCGCUUACAAGACUCUGUAAAAUGGCAGGUUCGAGGAAUCCAAACACUGCGAAAUUUUCAAUCUUAGCCUUGGUUCCAGUGUUUAAUAGUAUCAUCCCAGGUUAUAGAAUCAGACCUCUUACCGACCUAGAAAAGAAAGAAAAAAUCUCGAAGGAAGUUGCGAAAUUAAGAACUUUCGAACAAAACUUGGUCCAAAAUUAUAAAAGCUAUGUCGAAAUAUUAAAGAAUUUGUCUAGAGUAGCCAAUAAUGAUACAUCUAUUAAAGUAAACCUUGGUGUUUUGGCCACACAAGCUGCUCUUCGUAUUAUUUCCAAUGCCUCACAUUUCAAUUUCAGAGCUGACAUAUUUACAUUAAUUCUUCGUAGAAUUUGUAAACCAAAUCUAGCCGCUGAUCCCAUUGCCCAUCAAGCUAUCGAAACGAUCGAGGGCUUGUUUAAUGCUGAUGAUGAAGGUGGAAUUUCCUUAGAUAUUGUAAGAAUAUUGUGCAAGAUUAUGAAAGUGAGAAACUAUAAUAUAGAAGAAUCUGUACUGAAUAUGUUGCUUUCUUUAGAUGUCCUGCAUGACUAUGAUCCUAAUACAAAAGACGAUGACAGCUUAACUCCAAUGAAACUCAAGAAGAAGGAUAGAGUCCAUUUGUCUAAAAAACAAAGAAAAAUGAGAAAGGAGAUGAAAGAAAUUGAAAAGGAAAUGGAACAAGCUGAACAGGUUGUUUCUGCCGAAGAAAGGGAAAAAAAUCAAUCCCAAAUUCUAAAAAGUGUUUUGGCAUUAUAUCUUAAUAUCCUAAGGAAUAAAUCUGUGAAAUUGAUAGGCCCUGUCCUGGAGGGUCUGGCUAAGUUCGGUAAUAUGGCAAAUUUUGACCUUUUAGGUGAUUUUUUGGUGAUAAUGAAAGAAAUCAUUAAUGAUACUGAACUAGAUAGCCUGUCCCCUGAAGAAGUGCGCAAGGUGUUGUUGUGUAUAGUCAGUGCAUUUUCAAUCGUCUCAAAUAAUAGCAAUAUGAAAAUUAGUAUUGAUCUUACGACAUUCGCUGAUGCCCUGUACUCAAUAUUACCAUAUGUUUCCCUUGACGCAGACAUAGAAUUGUCGUAUAAAUCAUUAAGGCUGGCAGAUCCAUUAAAUAAUGAAAUAAUUAAACCUUCUGUUAAUGUUUCUACGAAGGCCGAACUUUUAUUGAAGGCGCUUGAUCAUGUCUUCUUCAGAUCAAAAUCUGGAAGUAAACAAAGAGCUGCUGCAUAUACAAAGCGUCUAUAUACGUGUAUGCAACAUACUCCCGAGAAGACCACAAUUGCAUUGUUAAAAUUCAUUGAUAAAUUAAUGAAUAAAUAUCCAGAAUUAUGUGGGUUAUAUUCCACCGAAGAUAGGAUAGCGAAUGGUAAUUUUAACAUGGAAACAGAUGUAGUGUCAAGAAGUAAUCCAGAUGCUGCCACGUUAUGGGAACAUACUAUUCUUACAAAGCAUUACUGUCCGACUGUCGUGAAGGGUGUACGUUCCUUAGGAACAAGAUCGAAGGAAUAUUCGAAAUGA